CACCUAGUUUAAUAUUAUUCCUAUUUGCUAGUGGAAUAGAAAAUGGAGCGGGUAAGGGUAAGUUAGGUAAAAGAUCGAAAUCUUCCUUUAAACGUCGUCAAUAUCACUCUUCAUCUAAUAAUGAUAAUUUAUUAGGUCAUUAUUUAGCAGGGUUGAUAGAGGGUGACGGAUCUAUAAUUGUACCUAAAACAAUUAGAAAUCAAAAAGGUAAGAGAGAUAUUUUAUAGAGACAAAUAUUUUUUGUUGUUUUUUUUUGUUAUUUUUAUUACAUAAAAAUAACAAAAAAAACUAGAAAAAGCGACAGGUCCUUUUGUUAAAAAAUAUUCUACCCAUUCUAAUAGUCUACAAAAAUUAAAUCCACAUUGAGUAACAGGUUUCUCCGACGGAGAAGCUUGCUUUAGUGUUGAUAUAUCUAAAGUUAAAGAUCAUAAUUUAGGAUGAAAAAUUACACCCAAUUUCUCAAUAGGACUUCAUUCUAAAGACUUAGCUUUAAUAAAAGAGAUACAGUCUUUCUUUAAUGGUGCAGGU